AUAUCAAUCUGGCUAUUGAACCGAAGCUUGAAGUAAAAUAACACAACGGUCUGAAAAUAUAUAGUACCUGCGCGCUACUGAAUUAGGGCUUAAACGUUCUUCAGGGUUUACCUAAAACCCUCUUUCCACAGUUUCUUUCUCUCUCGCCAUUUUCGGGCAGAAAUGGUGACGCCGAAGCAGCUCCUCUCCACCAUAGAAUCGGCUCUGCUCGGCCCUUCGCCUCCCACUCCGGCUCAAAGAGUCGAGCUUUUGCACGCCAUUCGCGGCUCUUGCCCCGCUUUCCACUCCCUACUCUCCUACCCGCCUCCGAAACCGUCUGAUCGAGCGCAAGUGCAGUCAAAAGAAGUUAGGCUUCCGGAUUCACCUCCAAUUUCGCUUGACGAUCAGGAUGUGCAGAUUGCUUUGAAGUUGAGUAACGAGCUUCAUCUCAAUGAAAUUAAUUGUGUCCGUUUGCUUGUAUCUGCUAAUCAAGAGUGGGGUUUAAUGGGACGGGAGCCACUAGAAAUUUUUCGCCUUUCGGCAGGGCUUUGGUAUACAGAGAGAAGGGAUCUAAUAACAGCCCUCUACACACUUUUAAGGGCUGUUGUGCUUGAUCAGGGACUGGAAGCUGAUCUUGUAUCUGACAUUCAGAAAUAUCUGGAAGAUCUUCUCAGUGCUGGGAUGAGACAGCGGUUAAUUUCUCUUAUAAAGGAACUCAAUCGAGAAGAACCAGCUGGUUUGGGUGGCCCUAACUGUGAGCGCUAUGUUCUUGAUUCUAGAGGUGCUCUUGUUGAGAGGCAGGCUGUGGUUUGUAGGGAAAGGCUUAUACUUGGACACUGCCUUGUCCUCACUAUUUUGAUUGUGCGAACAGAUCCAAAGGAUAUAAAAGAUAUAUUUUCUGUUGUAAAAGAUAGUGCUGGUGAAGUUACUCAGACCAAUGCCACCUUGAAACAGCAGAUUAUAUUUAGUCUUCUCUUUUCUCUUGUGAUCGCUUUCGUUUCGGAUGCUUUGAGUGCAGUGCCUGAUAAAGCUUCUAUCCUGUCCCGUGAUGCUUCUUUCAGGCGUGAAUUUCAUGACCUUGUAAUGGCAGCUGGAAAUGACCCAAACUUUGAGGGUUAUAUUGGCUGCAUAAGGCUUGCUUGGGCAGUACACUUGAUGUUAAUACAGGAUGCUGUUACUUCAAGGGAUACAGUUUCAAGUGCUUCGUCAACUGAUUUGGCUUACCUGCACUCGUGCCUGGAAGUCAUUUUCUCUGACAAUGUUUUCCAGUUUAUACUAGAUAAAGUUCUUCGAACUGCAGCUUACCAGAAUGAUGAUGAGGAUAUGAUAUACAUGUAUAAUGCUUAUCUGCACAAGUUAAUCGCCUGCUUCUUGUCUCAUCCGCUAGCCAGAGACAAGGUCAAAGAAUCAAAGGAAAGGGCAAUGAGCACUCUUAAUCCUUACCGUUCAGCUGGAUCACAUGAUUUUGGGCAUGAAACCAAUUUAAAUUCUCAACAAGUAUCAGAAACUGGUCCUUUACCGUUUGUUUCUCUAUUGGAAUUUGUUAGUGAAGUUUAUCAGAGGGAGCCAGAGCUUUUGUCCGGCAACGAUGUCUUGUGGACAUUUGUGAAUUUUGCUGGAGAGGAUCAUACAAAUUUUCAAACACUUGUGGCCUUCUUGAAUAUGCUGAGUACCUUGGCCUCUAGCCAAGAAGGUGCUUCAAAGGUUUUUGAGUUACUUCAGGGGAAAGCAUUCCGCUCUGUUGGGUGGAGCACUAUGUUUGAUUGCUUAUCAAUUUAUGAUGAGAAAUUUAAACAGUCACUUCAAACCGCCGGGGCUAUGUUACCAGAGUUCCCAGAGGGGGAUGCAAAAGCACUUGUUGCUUAUUUGAACGUUCUUCAAAAGGUUGUACAAAAUGGAAAUCCCAUUGAAAGAAAAAAUUGGUUCCCUGAUAUUGAGCCUUUAUUCAAGCUCCUUGGUUAUGAGAAUGUGCCUCCUUAUCUGAAGGGUGCUCUGAGAAAUGCAAUAGCAACAUUUAUUCAUGUUUCUCCAGCUCUAAAAGAUACUAUUUGGAGCUAUCUUGAGCAGUAUGAUUUGCCUGUGGUUGUUGGGUCACAGGUUGGGAAGAGUGCACCUACCAUGGCCGCACAGGUCUAUGAUAUGCAAUAUGAGUUGAAUGAAGUAGAGGCAAGGAGAGAGCAAUAUCCUUCAACUGUAUCUUUCCUUAACCUGUUAAAUGCUCUGAUUGCUGAAGAAAGAGAUUUCAGCGAUCGAGGGCUUAGAUUUAUUGGCAUUUUUAGGUUCAUAUAUGAUCAUGUUUUUGGGCCAUUCCCUCAAAGAGCUUAUGCAGAUCCUUGUGAGAAAUGGCAAUUGGUUGUUGCUUGCCUUAAGCACUUUCACAUGAUAUUGAGCAUGUAUGACAUUGGUGAUGAGGACAUUGACAGUGUCAUUGACCGCACACAACUGUCAGCAGGGUCACAUUCAUCUCCUCUACAGAUGCAGCUCCCUGUACUUGAGUUGCUGAAAGAUUUCAUGAGCGGCAAAACUGUUUUCCGGAAUAUCAUGGGUAUUCUUUCGCCCGGCGUCAAUACCAUCAUCACUGAAAGGACAAAUCAAAUAUAUGGACAACUAUUAGAGAAGGCUGUUCAGCUUUCUUUGGAAAUUAUUAUCCUUGUCCUGGAGAAGGAUUUAAUGCUUUCUGAUUUUUGGCGUCCUGAAUACCAGCCUCUGGAUGUUAUACUCUCACAAGAUCAUAACCAAAUUGUUGUUCUCUUAGAGUAUGUCAGAUAUGAUUUUCAACCACAGAUUCAACAAUGCUCUAUCAAGAUCAUGAGCAUAUUAAGUUCUCGCAUAGUUGGGCUUGUACAGAUACUGCUAAAAUCCAAUGCUGCCAGCUGUUUGAUUGAGGAUUAUGCAGCAUGCCUUGAGUUACGUUCCGAAGAGUCUCAGUUUGUAGAGAACAGUACUGAUGAUCCAGGUGUACUUAUAUUGCAGCUUCUAAUAGACAAUAUUGGUCGUUCAGCUCCCAACAUUACACAUUUGCUACUCAACUUUGAUCUUGAUAAUGCCAUUGAACGGACGGUGUUGCAGCCAAAAUUUCACUACAGUUGCUUAAAGGUUAUUCUUGAAAUCUUGGAGAAUCUUUACAAGCCUGAUGUGAAUGCAUUGCUUCAUGAAUUUGGCUUUCAGCUUCUCUACGAGUUGUGCUUGGAUCCACUAACAUCUGGUCCCACCAUGGAUCUCUUGAGCAAUAAAAAGUACCAGUUUUUUGUGAAGCACCUGGAUAUUAUUGGAGUUGCUCCACUUCCUAAACGGAAUAGCAGUCAGGCGCUACGUAUCAGUUCCCUUCAUCAGAGAGCAUGGCUAUUGAAACUUUUGGCAAUUGAGUUGCAUGCUGGUGAUAUGAGUGUCUCCUCACACCGGGAGGCAUGUCAGAGUAUUCUUGUUCAACUUUUUGGGCAGGAAAUUAUUGAAAUGGGAGCGGAUCACAUCAUACCCCGUUCUCUUUCUCUACAAAAUGGUAGUGUGGAACAUGGUGGAACAAGAACUAUCAGUAAGAGCAAGGUAUUGGAGUUGCUUGAAGUAGUCCAAUUCAGGUCGCCAGAUGCCACAUUGAAGCUUUCUCAAAUUGUUUCUACUCUUAAAUAUGGCUUAGUGGCAGAAGAAAUACUUGGGAAUGCUGCAACUUCUAGGAAAGGUGGUGUCUACUAUUUUUCAGAGCGUGGUGAUCGUUUAAUUGAUCUUGCAUCAUUCCGUGACAAACUUUGGCAGAAGUUCAGUUCUGUCUAUCCCCAGUUGAAUAACUUUGGCAGUGAAGUUGAGUUAAAUGAUGUAAAAGAGACAAUUCAACAGUUGUUGAGAUGGGGAUGGAAGUACAAUAAGAACCUUGAGGAACAAGCCGCCCAGCUUCAUAUGUUGACUGGCUGGUCACAGAUUGUUGAGAUCUCUGCUUCUAGGAGAACAUCAUUACUUGAGAAUCGAUCUGAAGUUCUAUAUCAGGUUCUAGAUGCCUCUCUGACUGCUUCCGCUUCCCCAGACUGUUCUUUGAAAAUGGCAUUUAUAUUGUGCCAGGUUGCACUGACAUCCAUGGCCAAAUUGCGAGAUGAAAGAUUUUUAGGCCCCAGUGGGUCAAAUUCUGAUUAUGCGACAUCUCUUGAUGUUAUCAUGGUGAAACAAUUACCAAAUGGUGCUUGUCACUCAAUAUUGUUUAAGCUUAUAUUGGCAAUUCUUAGACAUGAAUCAUCAGAAGCCUUAAGGAGACGCCAAUAUGCACUGCUGCUUAGCUAUUUUCAGUAUUGCCAGCAUAUGCUUGAUCCAAAUGUCCCAACAACAGUUCUACAAUUCUUGCUGCUUGAUGAGCAAGAUGGUGAAGACCUUGAUCUUCAGAAGAUCAACAAAGAGCAAGCAGAACUUGCACGUGCCAAUUUUCUUAUUUUAAGGAAAGAGGCUCAAUCAAUUUUGGAUUUGGUGAUAAAGGAUGCUACGCAAGGCAGUGAACCUGGGAAGACAAUAUCGCUCUAUCUUUUGGACGCAUUGAUUUGUGUAGAUCAUGAAAGAUAUUUCUUAAACCAACUCCAAAGCAGAGGUUUCAUAAGAUCUUGCUUAGCAAACAUAAGCAGUGUUUCCUAUCAGGAUGGAGGGCAUUCUCUAGAAUCAUUGCAGCGAGCAUGUACGCUUGAGGCUGAAGUUGCUUUACUAUUACGAAUUAGCCACAAAUAUGGGAAAAGUGGGGCCCAGGUUCUUUUUUCUAUGGGUGCUUUGGAGCAUAUUGGUUCUUGCAAGGCAUUCAAUUUUCUGGGAGGUUUGAGGCGGCUGGACACAAAACUUCGAAGAGAUGUAGCUAUGGAUAUUGACCAACAACGAAUGGUCAUAAAUCCUAUGUUAAGAUUAGUAUUUUCACUAACAUCAUUGGUUGAUAAAUCUGAAAUUUUUGAGGUGAAGAAUAAAAUUGUUCGUGAAGUUAUAGAUUUUGUCAAAGGGCAUCAGUCACUAUUUGAUAAAGUUCUUCGGGAAGACAUUUAUGAAGCUGAUGAACUGAAGAUGGAACAGAUCAAUCUUGUUGUUGGUAUACUUAGCAAGGUUUGGCCUUAUGAAGAGAAUGAUGAUUGUGGUUUUGUCCAAGGGCUAUUUGGUAUCAUGCAUGUUCUAUUCUCUUGCGAUUCAGAGACCCCUAUUUAUCGAUCUGCUCAAACUCUUGAGAGUAAGAGGAAGUCAGAACUAAAUUCAUUUCUCAUAUGCUUCAGUCUGAGCUCUUAUUUAUAUUUUCUUGUGACAAAAAAAUCACUGAGAUUGCAGAUUACAGAGAGUCUCUUUGAUCACCAUGUUUCUGUUGGAUUUCAACACCCCACACUGAAUUUACUUGGUUCUCUUCUUAAUUCAGUGACAGCUGCUCUUGAAAGAGCUGCAGAGGAAAAAUCCCAAUUACUAAAUAGGAUUCGAGACAUAAAUGAACUAUCUAGACAGGAGGUGGAUGAAAUUAUCAGUAUGUGUGCAAGGCGAGAUUCUGUUUCCUCAUCUGAUAAUAUUCAAAAACGGAGAUAUGUAGCAAUGGUGGAAAUGUGCCAGGUUGUUGGCCAUAGAGAUCAGUUAAUCACCUUAUUACUUCCUCUUGUGGAACAAGUGCUAAAUGUCAUCCUCAUCCAUUUUCAGGAUAGCUCUGUUCUAUCCGAUGCUAGUGGGGCGAUGAAAACAAUUACAUAUGGUGGCAUGUCUGAUUCUGGACAGGAUAUUUCUUUGCUGUGUGGAAAGUUAAUUACAACUUUAGAAAGACUAGAGUUACUUAAUGAGGAUAAAGUAGGCCACAAUCUUAAGGUGUUCCGGAGAUUGGUGACUUCACUGAAGGAGAUUACAGUACAAAAGUUAGCUUUAUGAGAAAUGUUCCAAGAGGGCGUUUGAUCUUUUAUUCAUUUUUAAUUUGACGGGUGUAAUCAACAAAUUGUAUCAUGAUCUUCUUGUUCUUGUAUAGCAUGCUUCAAAUUGAUGCGGGAUCUUUUGUUGUACCUUAGUACCAUAGGAAGAGAGGAUUUUAAGGUUGAUUUUGUUAUGAUCUUACACCUUGUAAAAUGGCACCCAUUGUAGUGAAAUAUAGUUUGCCAAGUGUAUCUUCUUUAAUAUGUAUAAAAUAGAGCGGUUAACGUAUGCUAUCUACCAAAA